UGGUGACGGGCGCUGUCGGCGCUGAGGCCGCUGAGCUCAGCUGAGUUGAGGGAAGAAACGACAAAAGGAUUGAUAUAAGAUAAAACAGAUAUAAUUGAACUUAACCUGAUCUUCACCGCGCAAAAUGUCAUGUAAAUAUUUCCCUCGAAAGUUCCCUAACAACACAGUGAAGUCAAAAAGAAACAGAUAUAUAUCGACUGGGUGUGAUCUUAUUUUCAAGAAGUAUAGAAAUCAAUUUGAGAGCAAUGGCAGGAAUUAAUUGCACAAUUUCAACAAGUUCGCGUCAAUUAUUGCGGCUAUGUAUGAGAGGAUUUGCAUGUCCAUUUUCAUCUAAAAGUACAGACGAGGUCGGUGAGAGUCUGAGAUUACGUGAAUUCAGGAAAAAAUUGCGCGAACGCGCUCCUAUAGAGAAAUUGGACGAAUUGGAGGAGGGCAAGCAUCCUUAUCAAGAGAAAGAACCUCUGAAACCAUUCCCGAACAAUACAAAUCCGGAAACCGGCGAAGUCGGAGGUCCUCGUGGACCAGAGCCGACUCGUUACGGCGAUUGGGAAAGAAAAGGUCGUGUGUCGGACUUCUGAAUCAUCCUCGUUUGAGAAUAGCGCAAUCCAUUUGUCAAUAACAAUUAGAAAUUGUCAUCAAAACAUUUAUAUUUAAAACUUAAAACAAUUCUACUUUGAAAUACAAUGUUAUACGA